CUCUGCCGCAAUCAAAUGGGAAAUUUGCUAUUUAAAACCAUUAAUUACUAUAAGGCUUAUUCUUUGUUAAGAAUUUGUAUAGUUUUGAUUCAUUAAGUGUACUUUUGGGUUAAAAAAUGGAAUAGUAUUUUGGUUUAAAUUGUACUCCUUUUUUCAUUAAGUUAGCAUAUCUACUUUAAUCCUGUGCUUCAAGUCUACACUUAUUUCAAUGAUACUUUGUAUAGUCAUGAUGACAAACAGGAUCUUAAUACUGUAGAUGAUUUUCAUUCCUCUCCUGUGGUGAGAGAUUGAGCAGGGAAUAGUCACCAAUUUGUCCUAAAAUGUCUUUCAUUGUCAGCGUCUCAGGAAGCCCGUCCUAGAGAACUUUGCUCCCAAGCAUUAUACUCAGAAGACUGAGUAUUCAAGUUUGAUAACCACUGCCCACAAAAUAGACUUCUUAAACACAUCACGUCCAGUGGUAAGACGUGCUUUUUAAGCAUUCGGCUUGAAUGUGAAGAUCUUCCUGAAGUUCAUUUCUCCAGGAAUAGAAGCUAGCAAAGAAAAAAAGAAGGGUAAUUAUCAAUGCAAGGAAUUUAGACUCCAUAGAAAAGACACAAAAUUCUGACGGAUCAACGACUAUGUCUUUCCUGAGAGAGAUCAGCCCAAUGGCGAAGAAAUUUUUUGUCUCAGAGAAGGAUAUUUUAGCAAGUCAUGCUGCACGGAUCACAGCUGAAAUACACCAGGGUGAGAGAAAAGGCUAUACUGAGGUGCUUGAUUUGUCUUCGGGUGAUCUCCACAGAGGGGGAAUAAAACCCAUCACCUUUGUUCGUCAGGUUCUUGCUGCUUGCUUCUAUCCCGCUCUUUUGCAGGAUGACAGUCUGCCAUUGGAUGUCAGAAAAAGGGCACAAAGUCUCCUUAGAGAAUGCGAGGGUGGAAGCGUCGGCUCAUACACAGAUUCAUGUGGAAUUGCCAAAAUCAAACACUGUGUGUCUAAGUUCAUUACCAGGAGAGAUGGAGGAGCUCCUUCCUCACCCGAAAACAUCUUCUUCACUUCUGGGUCACAGCGGGCUCUCAUGAUAAUGCUGAAGCUUCUGGUUCAGAGUAAAGACUCGUGUCAGACUGGUGUGCUCAUACCCGUGCCCUCCUAUGCGUCCUUUAACCUGGCACUGACAGUGCAGGGUGUUGUCAUGAUACCUUACCAGCUAUAUGAGGAGCAGGGCUGGAAACUGCAGGUGCAAGAGCUUCGCCGAGCGCUCCACGCAGGAAGAAGAACCUGCAAUCCCGUAGCGCUCUAUAUCUGCAACCCUGGAAAUCCAACAGGUCAUGUACAGAGCAGGGAAUCCAUAGCAGAGGUGAUUCAGCUUGCCGCCGAAGAAAGGGUCUUCCUACUGGUUGAUGAGGUGUACCAGAACUGUGUGUAUGGAGCAGGAACUGAGUUUUAUUCUUAUAAGAAAGUGUUAUCAGAAAUGGGCUCAACUAUUUCCACCACUGUGGAACUAGCCUCCUUCAAUUCUGCCUCAAAGGGCUUCAUGGGAGAGUGUGGGCUUCGUGGUGGCUAUGUUGAGCUGGUGAAUCUUGACCCUUCAGUUAUGGAAUAUAUCCGUAAACUGUUUUACACUGAGUCCUGCACACCUAUUGGUGGACAAAUUGCACUUGACCUCAUGGCAGAUCCACCAAAACCUGGAGAUCCUUCAUUCCCCACCUUCUCUAAGGAGGUCCAGUCAAUUAAAAAUAUGAUAUGUAAAAACACUCAUCGGAUGCAGGAAGUUUUUGAAGAGAUGCCAGGAAUAAGCUGCCAGCCACUGAAGGGGGGAUUUUUUGUCUUCCCACGUCUAUAUUUCCCUCAUAGGGCAAUACAGUGGGCCAAGAAUAAAAAUAUGGAACCAGACAUGGCUUACUGUUUCCAUUUGCUUGAAGAGACCGGUCUGCAUGUGAGACCAGGCUGUGAAUAUGGACAAAAAGAGGACAGCUAUCACAUCAGGCUUUGUCUGGCAAAUGAAGAGGAUAUCAUGGAAGAUGCUCUACAACGACUGAAAACGUUCCACAAGUGUUUCAUGAAAGAGUUUGCCUAGCUAAUGCCAUCUUGGUUGUGUGUAUUUGUUAGACCAGAUUAUGAGAGCAAAUGUGUAUUUAGAUGUAAAUUGAAAAAGAAAAUGUCAACAAAAUUUUCCUGCAGAGUUAAGAUAAUGUUGAAUACAAUGUUGCUGUUCUUUUAAAAGCAAAAUUGAAAAUGAAAGGGAUUGUUAACCCAAAAAUUUCAAUUCAGCCCUUAUGUUCUUUUGCACUCAUGUCUUCUGUAGAACACAAAAGGAGAUGCUAGACAGAAUGUAAGACCUUUUAAUAUAACAAACGGAAACCUUUCUGUACUUAUUAAAUAUGUUGCUCAAAUAAAUGUUUCAGUUUUAUUAUAGUUUAUGAAAGUAUACUACCACCUAUAUAUACAGCACACAUUUAACUUAACACCAAACGUGACAAACUUCAUUUUUGUACACAUUGUAUACAGUAGAAAUGUUAGUAGGUUUGUAAUAGAUUGAUCCGUGUCACUUUAGUUCUAUGAUGACAAAAAAUAAAGAUAUGUUU